UGACGAAUACGCUAUUUUUCACUAACUUUAUUUCUUAAUUCUUAGUGAAAGUGUUUUUUACUAUAAGUAAUUUAGGAAAAGUUUUCGCUGUUUUUCUAUUCAUCAUGAGUACACUGGAGGAAGAACCGGAGACGAAGAAGGACCACAUAAAUAAAAUAGUCCUUUCCGAAGAGGUACAGCUGGCGAUCGAACAGGUACUGCAAAGUUCUGAUCCUCUUGACCAUCCAGACUUCGAUGCAACCGAGUACGUUAACCAGCUGUUUCCGAACGAACAAUCGUUGUCCAACAUUGAUGACGUUAUCACGAAAAUGGAAUAUGAUAUAAGUUCAAUAGAUGAUAACAUACGGAGUGUAGUCCGUGGUCAGGUAAACACAGGAGAAAACGGAAGGGCUGCUCUGAAGGAAGCACAACAAUCUAUUACACAGUUGUUUGCGUUGAUAACAGAUAUCAAAUCUAGAGCAGAGAAAACGGAAGAUAUGGUCAAGGAAAUCACACGGGACAUCAAGCAGCUAGAUUCAGCCAAAAAUAAUUUGACUUAUGCGAUUACAACAUUAAAUCACCUUCAUAUGCUGGUUGGCGGAGUGGAAAAUUUAAAACGCCUAGCGGAACGUCGUCAGUAUGGAGAAAUACUAAAUCCGCUACAGGCUAUUAUUGAAGUUAAUCAGCACUUUCAGCAGUACUCGGAAAUUGUUCAAAUACAGACACUGUCGUCACAGGUGCAACAGAUUCAAACCGAAUUAGCGACGCAAAUUACGGACGAUUUUAAACAUUUUUUCGCACCCCUGCAAAGUUCAGGUCACACCGGAAAUCGUAUGACAAUAACGCAACUUAAAGAUGCAUGCCAAGUUGCUUCUGUGCUCGAUAAACCAGUUAAAAAGAACAUUCUGAAGUGGUAUAUAAAUUUGCAGUUACAAGAAUAUGUUCAACUAUUUCACGAAAACCAGGACAUUGCAUGGCUUGAUAAAAUCGACAAGCGGUAUGCUUGGCUCAAACGGCACUUGCUGGAUUUUGAAGAAAAGUACGGUAGUAUCUUUCCUGCUGAUUGGGAGAUUUCAGAGCACAUCACCAUUCAGUUUUGCACGAUCACGCGUGAAGAGCUUACAAAAAUAAUGAGUCGAAGACGGACAGAAAUUGACGUCAAACUUCUUCUGUUUGCUAUCCAAAAAACAACGAGCUUCGAACAGCUGUUGGACAAACGUUUCAAUGGAAUCACACUCGGAGAAAUGAAUCCAGCUAAUAAUGCUAAUGAAAAAGCAUCAUUCAUGGAUCUGAUAGGCGUAUGUUUUAAGUCGUAUCUGGAUAUCUACACGGACAGUGUCGACCGUAGUCUAGCGGAAUUGAUUCUACAGUUUGCCCAGCAGAAUAUUCAGCAGCUAUUGCCUAAGGACGGAAAUGUGUCAGUUAUUCCCAAUUGUGCAGAAUUGUUCGUUUUCUACAAGAAAUGCAUGGUUCAAUGCACCCAGUUGAGUAACGAAAAGCCGAUGUACGAUUUGACACUCAUUUUCAAAAAGUACUUACGCGAGUAUGCCAUCAAAGUUCUGGAAGCCAGGAUUCCCAAGUUGCAGCAGACAAGUUCGACAACUUCAUCGAUUAGCAACAGCAUGUCAUUGCUUACGAAAGACUUGCAAAACCUGUCCACGGCAGCCGGACAGGUUAUACACAACUUUCUAAAGGAAGGGGAAGCACCACGGUAUAAUUUGGACGACAUUCGGAAGAUUUGUUACGUGCUUGCUACUGCAGAAUACUGCUUGGAAACAGUCCAACAACUGGAGGAUAAACUCAAAGAGAAAAUAGAAAAAAGCUACGUUAGCCGCGUAGAUCUUUCGGACGAGAAAGACGUUUUCCAUAGAAUCAUUUCCAACUGCAUUCAGCUGUUGGUUCAGGACCUUGAUACUGGGUGUGAACAGUCUCUAACGCUGAUGACAAAAAUGGCCUGGCACAAUAUAAGCAACGUCGGUGAUCAGAGCGGAUUUGUCAAUCAGAUCGUGACUAACUUGAAACAGUUUGUUCCGGUAGUUCGUGACAACCUAGCUGCCAGUCGAAAAUACUACACACAAUUCUGUCACAAGUUUGUCAAUUCGUUCAUUCCAAAGUAUAUCAACACAUUGCUCAAACUGCGACCAACAACCGCCGGAUCCAGUACUUCUUCUUCUAUGGUAACAAGUGCUUCGAGUUCUAGUAUCUCGGAAGCGGCCAAUAAUGCAUCAACUGGCAAUUCAACCAGUGGAAAUAUUUUGGGUUGCGAGCAACUUUUGCUGGACACACAUAGCUUGAAGACUGUGCUCUUGGAUUUGCCAUCGAUUGGGUCGCAAGUCCAGCGGAAACCACCCGCUAGCUAUACCAAGGUGGUAGUAAAGGGAAUGGCAAAAGCGGAAAUGAUCAUCAAAGUGGUCAUGCAGUCCAUUCACCCUGUUACACUUUACAUCGAACAGUAUCUUAAGAUGUUACCAGAGAGUAACAUGACUGAAUUCCACAAGAUCCUGGAAAUGAAGAGUGUACGAAAAAUCGAACAGCAACAAUUGGUGGAAUUGUAUAAGCGCUCCUGCCCGCAGGGGCCAUCGAGUGGCGGAAGCACAACCGAAGGAACCGCUGUGGUUACUCACAGUGGAGGCGACGUACUACUGAGCCAGUCACAACAGGCAGCAGCCACGGCAGCAGCUGCUCUUAGUGGUGCUGGUUCGAGCAUUAUCGCUCUUGGUGAUUCUUUAAUGGAUAGAGGUAGGAUAAAGAAGAUAGAAAAUUUGAUAAAGAAUCGAUUGCCUAACUAAAACGAAAACCUGUUGGAAAAGAGUUCGAAAGCUGGUACUUGCUACAGAAUAAUAUAUGCU